AUUGAGUAGUCGGUCUCCGGUGAUCGACUGUACCUUACAGGCCACUUUUAGGGACCCUGCGCUUUCUAGAGGUUCAGGGAUUUCUUCAGCUCUCCACCUUUCGCUUUAAGACAGGCUUUCAGCCAUGUCUACUGUGGUGGAUCUAAAGACGAAGGAGGAGAAAGAUGCAGAGCUGGACAAAAGGAUUGAAGCUCUGCGAAAGAAGAAUGAGGCUUUGGUCAAGAGAUAUCAGGAAAUACAGGACGAUAAGAAAAAGGCAGAACAGGAGGGCAUCGCUGUGACAACACCUCGCAAACCCCGCCCUCACGAGCCUGAGUCUGAAUGGAGAAAGACUGAAAAGGAGAACUUCUCCGUGACAGCUGACUUGUCCAAACCAGCUGCGGAGAAGCGUGUGGUGAAUUACAGGAAACCAGCUAGUCAUCGUGGUGACCAGGGCCUAGAAGAAGAAGAGACUGGUCUGCCUCAUGGUGAGAGUCCUUCCCACAGAACUGGAUCGGGCCGACUGAGCAGAGGUGGCCACCGUGGCGGAAGAAGCGAGCCUCGUUCAAACAAAGGAGAACCAUGGUCAGAGAGGCAGCCUCAGGAUGGUGAAGGUGGAGAGGGUCCAGCUCAUACUGAACGCUCCUCUAGAGGAGGGCAAAGAGGUGGAAGAGGAACGCAAGGAGGAACAGGCUCGGACAGGAAAUCAAAGGAGUGGGAGGAAAAAAGAAGACAGAAUAUAGAGAAGAUGAAUGAAGAGAUGGAAAAGAUUGCUGAAUAUGAGAGAGGCCAAAAGACUGAUGUAGAGAAGAACCCCAUCAGAAACUUCCUUGAUGACCCACGGCGUAGUGGGCCGAUACUAGAAACUGACCGCAAGGAGGGAAGCCGGCGCCACGUGCGCAACUGGGGUGGGGUUGACUUUGACAGUGUGAAGACUGGUGCCGAGGUUGAGAAAGAAUGGACGAAUCGUAGGCCAAGCGGUAAAGGCUCAGUGGAUAUGACUCUGUCCAUGACUGGCCGAGAAAGAGCCGAGUAUCUCAGCUGGAAAAAGGAGCGAGAGCAGAUUGAUGAAGAACGAAUGGCUCGUCACCGUAAUGCCACUGGCCAGUGGAGACGAGAGUGGGAUGCCCAGAAAACAGAUACAAUGUUCAAGGAGGACUCAGCUGUGGCUGGAGAGGGCACACAAGAACAAAGCAACAAGAGAGAAGAUAACAAGAAGCCGCCCAAGGCACCAACCUUCGGGGACUUCUUGGGACAGGGCAAACCCAGACAGGGAGGCCAUGGACAAGGGAAAGGUCGUGGUCAAGGGAAAAGCUACAGCAUGCAUGAUAAUCGGUGGGAAGGGGAAAAUGAAGAGGAGAAAGGAAGAAAGGAGGAGCAAGAGAAGAAGGAUGAAGAGAAGGUCAAAGAGAAGGAAAACGAGAACAAAGAUUGCACCCUCAAGCCUCCGUUGUCAGACAAGAAGUCUGAUGAAGGAGGCCUCGCUGAAGAUGAUGAUGAGUGGGAGGAUGCCAGCGAUGGUGAACAGGAAGAUGUGGAAGAGGAUGAAAAGGCAGAUCACGAGAAAGACUCAAAAGAUGCUAAACCAACAGAAAAGACCCCUACCUCUCCUGCACCCUCUAGUCCCAGCCCAAAAAAACUACGUACCCCAAGACCCAAAGUCCACAUCCCUUCCCCACAGGAGACACUCAGUACACCAGAGGGACCCAAACCGCUCAGCCCUUUCUCCCCAUUGGAUGACCACCAGCCUGUGUCAGACUGGGGUGAAGAAAUGGAGAUGCUUUCUCCUAAGAGCGUUCUGGAUGAGAGCCCUCUGAGGCCCAGCAGCACUGAAAGCAGUCCAGCUCAACCUAAGAACAAUCCAGCUGAACAUAACAAGACUACAACCCCCAGCCAGCCAGAAGAACCAGAAAGAAAAGAAAGUGCAUCUACAGGCUGAGGACUAAAUGCAGUAGGGGAACUUGUUGCUUCACAAACUGAAACGGGAGGUCAGCAGAGGAAAGAGAAGACAUCAGGUGUAAUGGAUGGCUGUUGACUAAAUUAAAGAGGUCGAGGGGGCAUCUUUGGAUCCCUGUCAACACUUCAUCCGAAUAACUUUCUGGAUUGUUUAAUUAUUCCUCAUUGGUUGGGACUCUAUGCUGUUGUCGAGCUAAGCUGCUACUCUUUUCUCACAUUUACCCUGUUCUCAAUCUGUAAAGCAUGUUAUACUUCAACCAUAAGACUAUUUAUUUUUUUUAUCAUGGAGCGGUGUUGUUUAACCACCCUAGACCACUUCUUUCAAUCUCUUUAUAAACUAGGGCUUUGUUUUUUUUUUAAUUAUUAUUAUUUUUCAGGGCAACUUUUGAAAUGAAAAUGAGCUGUGGAUUUUAAGUUUGUUAUAAAUUAUUGGUACCCUAGAUAUUAUAUGCUCAUGGACCAAAGAUAAAAUUGUGGUGAAUUGUAAAGAGUUUGAAUUAGGACAAAAGAUUGUGUACCUCAAGUCUAAUAUUUGUUCAUUGACCGUUUUUUUUUAAUGUUUGUUUAGUAAUCUUAUGCAUUUAUAGUAUGUGUAUUUCUGUGUUCCUGAAUUUGAAUGAAUUGAGCAGGAGCUUGAAAACUUGCAAUAUAUGUGUAUGUCUUUUAGACUGACCAUCAUUCCAAUGCUUUGUAUGAGUGCUCUUUUCUCUGUUCACAUGUGCAUUGUAUAUGUCUGUUUAUCAAUUGAGCUCAUGGAGCAGAAAUAAUCAUGACAUUUGUGAUUGUAACGUACCUGCUACAUCUCCCUGCAGAUGAAAUGUCUUCCUGUUUGAAUAGAAAAUUUAUAUAUAAUUGGGUUUGCCUCCUUUAGGAGGUUUGGUUUGACUUGGCUUUUCAGAAGUGCAUGUAGCAUGAUACGG